GAGCAAUGGCGAAUACCUUAAUGGCGACAACUCGUCCACUCGUUCUCCUCUCCUCCACAAGAGCGACCUUUCAUCUCCUUCUCCAAUCUCCAAAGAGACCCUUCUCCUCAUUCUUAUCAACUCUCUCAUCUCCCGUCACGAGAAGCUCCAGUUCGAGAUGCGUGAGCGCCGUUUUGUCUCGUGGAGAGACUACCACGCCGUCGUUGAUUUACGGAAACCGAGUUUUUAGGGUUUCUGGGUUUGGUCUUGUUGACACUCACAGCCGUGAUUUCAGUGCUAAAUCAUCUCAAAUCAACGAUGCUGGGUCGAUUGAUCAAACUCUUAUGCAAUCCAUGGAGCUAAAGAUCAAAGAACAAUUGAAUGCAGAGUCGGUUUCUGUCAAGGAUAUGUCUGGAGAUGGACGCCACGUUUGCAUCAAUGUGGUAUCAUCGGCUUUUGAGGGACAAUCUGCAGUGAACAGACAGAGGAUGGUCUACAAAGCCAUCUGGGAGGAGCUUCAGAACGUAGUUCAUGCCGUUGAUCAGAUGACAACAAAGACUCCUUCCGAAGUUUGAAGCCUCAAGUUUUUAAUGACACGAAUCCCAAUCUAUUAUUUGAACAGCGGACAAAGCUGUUUUGUUUUAUCGAAAAACAAAUUUGGAUGUUUCUUUUUGUUGUUGAUGUUGGUUUAUCCUACUCUGUAACAUCCUUUGCUCUGUUUAGUAAAAUUCAGUGAUAAUAGGUAUGUUUCAAUUUUUUUUGUCGUCUGCCUCUCACAUAAGUACAUUUAAGAAGCUCCUUGAGCCUGC